AUGGGACAACGAUACGUGAUUCGAGAAGCAAAGACAAAAGAAGAGCUGGAUGAGAUAAUAAAGGUUAUUUGGGCUGCAAACUACACACCUUACGAGCCGUUUAUGCAACUCUUCUUUCCGGUUCUUGGCUACACAACGGCUCAUCGCGAAGCUGCCAUCGCUGAAUCGAAACAACGCAUCUGGACACAGCACCAAGCCGACAACGCCAGCCAUUGGUUCUACGCUUUCGAUACAGUCACCAAAAAGACUGUUGGUUGUUCGCAAUGGGUAAUUUCGACAUCCAACCCAUUUGUCGCAGGCAUACCAAAGUUGACCGCGCCUUGGUGGCCCGAAGGCGAACAUCGGAGGUUCUGUGAGUCAAUUCUCAAUCAGGUGUACAGGCCGCGCGCGAAUUGGAUGACGCGGCCCCAUUGUGCACUCAAUUGGAUGGCGGUGGAUCCCGCUCAUAGAAAUCGUGGCGUUGGCUCUCUUCUCAUGCAUGUUGGCAUCACACGCGCUGACGGGCUUGACCUCGAAUGUUGGAUGGAAGCAUCUAGCAUGGGCAAGCCGCUUUACGACAAAUUCGGUUUCCAGUCUCUGUUGAAGGUUGCUUUUGACAACGAAGACUCGGAGGCAAGUGAUGAAUGGAGGAAGUGCGCGCAUGAGAUGACACCUGCGCCAAUCUUUGCCAUGUGGAGACCGAAGAAAUCUAACGGGGCGAAUUCUCAAGGAGGCUUUAAUCUGCCAUGGGCGUUAGGUACUCAGUGA